UGUCUGUGUUGCAAUUGAUGACAAUGGAAAUGCAGCCGAGCUGAAUUAUUCUAGGAGUAUUUAAUAGAAAGGUUCAUCAUUCACUUUAAUGAUGGAAUUAAAUGUUCUUGUGCCAUUCUUAUUUUUCAUGUGCUGUGCGGCCAAUCGGAAACCUGCAGAAACCAGCCAAAGUUACCGCGCGCAAGGUGUCUGCAUGCCAUACAACGGUACUGUUUGCGCAGAUCCCCUGGGCAGUGGUCAGGUAUUCAUCACAAAAUUUGACGACCAGGAAAGAAAAGUGUCCGAUCUCCUAGAACUUAUAAUCUCCGUGGACACGUCAAAAAUGCUUCAAGAACGCUGCAAUGGUCAUGCAGCAAAUCUGAUCUGUAACAAUGUGUUCCCACCUUGUAACAUGUCGGAGAUUGAACUGGGGACUCACCAGGAAAGCCGUGUUAAACCAGUGGAGGUUUGCAGAGAGAGCUGUAAGGCGGUGCAGGACCUUCUGUGCUAUGUGCAGUGGUCGAACAUCCAGUACACCAGCAAGCAGGCGCAGCUCCCAGAGUGUGACUCGCUGCCCUCCAAGUGGGACAGUGACUGCACGGAGGCCAAGAUGUUUGACAGGGACGAGUCACAUGUCACUUCUAAUUGCUACAGUGGACGGGGUCGCUGGUACAACGGCACAGUGAAUAAGACCCGGUCAGGCAAGUCGUGCCAGUCGUGGUCUGUGGGCUUUCCUCAGAAGCACACGCGUCCUCCCAGCGUUUAUCGGGAACUUGAGAACUCCAGUAACUACUGUCGUAACCCUGGAGCGGAGGAAGUGUCCCCUUGGUGCUACGUGGACUCACAGACGCCUGGGGAUCGAUGGGAGCUCUGUGAUAUACCUUCUUGUGAUGCAGAAGAAUUAAAAACUCAGAAGAAAGCAGUCGAAGAGCCAUUUUCCUGGAAGACCAUUCUCAUCAUUACAAUUGUGGGGUCCGUAGGCGUGUUCAUUGCAGUGCUUGUCAGCAUCCUUGUCUACCACAUAUUUGUGAGCAGAAGUAGGAACGGCCAGUACAAGAACACUCCCCAGGAUGACCUUGAAAUCGACAUCCAGAAAUUGCCUGCGAACAUGUCCUACCACGUGGUUGAGGAGCCCAUACGACUGAAUCCAAAACUUCAGGCAUUUGAGUAUCCAAGAAAUGACAUCAUUUACAUCAAGGACAUAGGUCAAGGAGCCUUUGGACGUGUGUUUACAGCAAAAGCGCCAAAUUUGGGUAAGAAUGAAAAUGCGCUUGUGGCGGUGAAAAUGCUAAAAGAGGAUGCAUCAGGUGAUUUGCAGGCUGAUUUUGAACGAGAGGCAUCGCUAAUGGCAGAGUUUGACCACCCAAAUAUUGUGAAGUUUUUAGGGGUUUGUGCAAUAGGAAAACCAAUGUGUUUAUUAUUUGAGUUUAUGACAAAGGGUGAUUUGAACGGCUAUUUGAGACUGUGUAGUCCAGAAAUGUAUAUAAACUUUCGAAAAAAGAAUCUUCAGUUCAUUGAUGGUGACAUAGUGACGUUAGAUUUAGCCGAUCAGCUUGACAUUUCUCGACAAAUAGCCUCGGGGAUGGUGUAUUUAUCAGAGAAAAAUUAUGUUCACAGAGAUCUGGCAACAAGAAAUUGUCUUAUAACAGAUAACUUAGUGGUAAAAAUCUCAGACUUUGGCCUUGCCCGAAGUGUACAUAAGCUGGAAUAUUACAAAGGCAGCGACAACGAUGCUAUUCCUAUUCGAUGGAUGCCUUUGGAAUCCAUCCUUUAUAACAAAUUUUCUGUGGAAUCUGAUGUAUGGUCGUAUGGUGUUAUUCUCUGGGAAAUAUUUUCAUACGCUCUUCAACCGUAUUACGGAAUGACUCACGAAGAAGUUGUGGAAUACCUCAAGGACGGGAAAAACUUGGUGUGCCCGGAAAAUACGCCGCAACAAGUGUAUGAUUUAAUGCUGAAAUGCUGGAGUAGAAAACCAUUCAGACGUCCUAAAUUCCCAAUGUUGUUCAAUGCAAUAAAUGCUCUCUACAAUGAAUUGACAAAAAAGCGAACAAAAGAGGUGACAGUCGUGUGAAAAAUGUGCUCAGUUGUGUUGAUGUUUUUAGACAUGUUAUCACUGCUUGUGACUUAGUCAGAGGACCUUACAUGUUUGUCUAAACUAGCAUUACAUGUUUUAUCCUUAUUUGUUGAUCUGUUUGAAUCUUUUGAAAUUAUUUUUCCAUGAACGCAAGACAUUUAAAGCUGUUUUUUUAUGUCCCCCAUCACUAUAGUGGGGGACAUAUUGUUUUCGCCUUGUCUGUUGGUUUGUUGGUUGGUUUGUUUGGGCAAACUUUAACAUUUGCCAUAACUUUUGCAAUAUUGAAGAGAGCAACUUCAUAUUUGGCAUGCAUGUGUAUCUCAUGGAGCUGCACAUUUUGAGUGGUC